AUGCGUGUCUCAGUACCUACCAUCCCAGAUGUCCUCCUUAGGUCUGCAUCGCCGGCGCCCUCGACGUCCCCGGCGGCCGCAGUCGAGCGCAUCGCGAGCUUCCUCGCCCCUGGGAACGUCGCGGUGAUCACGGGCGCGGGGGCCAGCGUCGACUCUGCCAUCCGAGCGUACCGUGGCGCGAAGGGGCGGUAUCUCAAUCCUAAUUACAAACCCAUCUUUUACCAUGAACUCAUGGAGCCGACGGCCAAGGGUGCCGCAUACAGACGGCGCUAUUGGCUCCGCUCGUACCUCGGAUACCCGCCAGUCCGUGACGCGCUUCCGAACACCACGCACUAUGGGCUCGCAGCCUUGCAAUACCGCUCUAUCGUCAACAAGCUCAUCACACAGAACGUCGACGGGCUACACCACAAGGCGCUCGCACACGUCUGGGACGAGCCUCGCAUGGAAGAGCGCAUACUGGAACUGCACGGACGACUGCGCAGCGUGCGCUGCGCCCACGGGCAUCUGACCGAUCGCGACGUAUUCCAGGAUCAACUCUCCGCGGCGAACCCACAGUGGCAAGCCUUCGUCGACGAGCUCGAUGCUGCCGGUCGCCAGCCUCGCACGAACCCCGACGGUGAUGUCGUCCUCGAAGGUGUCCAGUAUGAUGACUUUGUCAUCCCGGACUGCCCUGCAUGUCUGAUGGAGAACCGGCACAACGAUAUCCAAAAGCCAGAAGUCAUAUUUUUCGGCGAGUCCAUCAGCAAAGAGGUCAAAGACCGCUCCUUCGCCGACGUCGAGAGCUGUGACCGGCUAUUCCUGGUGGGCACCACCCUCGCGACGUUCUCGGCCUUCAGGCUGCUCAAACAUGCGAUAGAGCUGCGCAAACCUGUGUUGCUGCUUAACGUCGGCCCAACGCGCGCCGACCAGGUCCCUCAGGUUGAGAAGAUCGAGAUACCCAGCGGAGCGGUACUCAGGGACGUCGUGCGGGCUGUACUGGGAAGCGAGGCUUCGGCCGACCCGGUAGUGGCAGACAUGCUCCAAAGCGGUAUCACAAAACCCCCUCCCGAAGACGAAGACGACACGGUGCCUAGAGCGGUUGGGUGA